CUUACUCUCACUCACUCUAACUGUUAUUCCCGAGGCAAGACCAAGAAGGAACAGAGCUUUACUUGGUGCAAGCGAGUACUAAGCAAUCUCCACAACAUAAUUCCUUUCCAUUAGUGGCUUUUCAUUUUAUUUGCAUGCUCCAGGAUAAGGUUUUGCAUACCCAAUUGUAUUUCUCUUGGCUGAAGUAACACGUGGAAAACUUUUCAAAGCAAAGUUCGUUUUACCGGGCGGAGAGUCUAACUCGCAUAAGAGUUUAAAGGAGGCUAAUGCAAGCAGGUACAAUGGAUCUUGUGACAUUGGUGGUGUUUGGAUCGUGGCUGGCUCCUGCACUCGGAUCAGCAUUUGGCAGGGAGGUGUUCGCCUCAGCGGAAAAUGCGGACAAAGACUAUGACAGUGCUUUUGAAUACGAUUAUGAGUCGCUGAGAAUCGGGGGCCUUGUGUUUGCAGUGGUACUGUUCGUGCUGGGUAUCGUCCUCAUUGUCACCAAAAAAUGUAGCUGUUCGAGUGACAAGCCAAGACCGAAGGAUCCUGAUGUGGAAACAGCUGUUCCAAUUGCUCAGUAGACGCAGAGGCAAAGAGCAGUGGAGAUGAGUGCUACUGUCUGUCCACUAGAUGGCAGCAAAUACCUUGAUCAAAGCUGAGGACCAUCUUUCCAUGAACACAAGAAGCUUUCUUUAAUUUCAUAAUGUUACUGUGCUUGUUAUAUUUUCUUUAUAAAUGUUUUUAUUAUCAAAGACUGUUACUACAAAGUGUGCCAACUUUAAAUGGUAUCAAUAGUGUGAUUCUCAUUUGUAUUUUUUGACCUAACGAUUGAUGCAAAAAUAAUAAAACACAUUUUUGAAAAGGUU